CGCCGUUAUUUAAAAAUCUCUCGCAGGCCAUUGAAAUCGCGCCUUGACCCGUUACAGCAAGAAGCCGUGGAUCCAAUUUGCAAAUUUAACCCAAUACCCGUGGGUGAUCCACUCAGCAUUGUAAAUGAAAAAUUGAGUGCUCCCGUUUUCUGGUUUUUCCUUUUGCAGUUCCCUUUUCGUUUUGCUGUCUGUCAAAUCCAUCUGUUUGGUUGUGUUUGUUGGAUCUCCGAAUUCCAACAUUUGGAUCUUAAAUUUCAGGUUCUUAGAAUUAUGAAUACAAUUCGAUUUCAUUCCAAAUAAUCGCUAUUGGGGUGGAUUGAUUUCAUUGCAGCAUUGGAUUUAGUUUUGAUUUGAUUUGAUCUGAUUUGAGCUCUCUACAACAAUUUCUCCCUUGGACGCAAUAAUGAAUCCUUUCUCGUCUGGGACUCGUCUUCGGGACAUGAUACGGGCAAUACGUGCAUGCAAAACUGCUGCUGAAGAACGUGCCGUUGUAAGGAAAGAGUGUGCUGCUAUUCGUGCUGCAAUUAAUGAAAAUGAUCAAGACUAUAGGCACCGCAACCUAGCAAAGCUUAUGUUCAUUCACAUGCUUGGAUAUCCCACUCAUUUUGGCCAAAUGGAAUGCCUAAAGUUGAUUGCAUCAACUGGAUUUCCAGAGAAGAGGAUUGGAUAUCUUGGUCUCAUGUUGCUUCUUGAUGAAAGACAAGAAGUGUUGAUGUUGGUCACAAAUUCAUUAAAGCAAGACCUGAAUCAUUCAAACCAGUAUAUUGUAGGGCUUGCUCUUUGUGCUCUGGGAAAUAUUUCUUCUGCAGAAAUGGCUCGUGAUCUUGCACCAGAUGUAGAAAGAUUGCUGCAGUUUAGAGAUCCAAAUAUCCGGAAGAAAGCAGCAUUGUGCUCGAUACGGAUCAUAAAGAAAGUCCCUGACCUGGCUGAAAACUUUAUGCAUCCUGCUUCUUCACUACUUAAAGAAAAGCAUCAUGGAGUCCUAAUAACUGGAGUUCAACUCUGUACAGAUCUUUGUAAAGUCAGUUCUGAAGCCCUGGAAUAUUUUAGAGAGAACUGUAUUGAAGGUUUGGUCAAAACUCUGAGGGAUAUUGCAAACAGUCCCUAUUCACCUGAGUAUGACAUUGCUGGCAUUACAGAUCCUUUCCUUCAUAUAAGAUUGCUUAAGCUUCUGCGGAUAUUGGGCCAGGGAGAUGCCGGUGCUAGUGACUGUAUGACUGACAUACUUGCCCAGGUGGCAUCAAGAACCGAGUCAAACAAAAAUGCAGGAAAUGCUAUUCUUUAUGAAUGUGUUGAAACCAUCAUGAGCAUUGAAGAUAAUGGAGGCUUACGUGUGCUUGCUAUUAAUAUCUUGGGAAGAUUCUUGUCAAAUCGUGACAAUAAUAUAAGAUAUGUUGGAUUAAACAUGCUUAUGAAGGCUAUUAUGGUGGAUGCUAAAGCAGUGCAGAGGCAUAGGGCAACGAUUUUGGAAUGUGUAAAGGAUUCAGAUGCUUCAAUUCAGAAAAGGGCACUUGAACUUGUAUACUUGCUAGUGAAUGAAAGCAAUGUAAAGCCUUUGACAAAAGAGCUAAUUGAAUAUUUGGAAGUAAGCAAUCAAGAAUUUAAGGGAGAUAUUACUGCCAAGAUAUGUUCCCUUGUUGAAAAGUUCUCCCCGGCAAAAAUAUGGUACAUUGAUCAGAUGCUCAAGGUUCUUUCUGAGGCUGGAAAUUUUGUAAAAGAUGAAGUCUGGCAUGCUUUAAUCAUUGUUAUAAGUAAUGCUUCUGACCUCCAUGGAUAUACAGUCAGGGCAUUGUACAGAGUUUUCCAAGCAUCGACAGAACAGGAGUCCCUUGUUCGAGUUGCAGUUUGGUGUGUUGGUGAAUAUGGUGACAUGUUGGUGAACAAUGUUGGGAUGCUUGACAUUGAAGAACCAAUAACAGUAACAGAAUCUGAUGCUGUGGAUGCCAUGGAGGUUGCUAUUAAGUGUCAGAGAUUGGGUCUCACUACUAAAGCUAUGGCUUUGAUUGCUCUGUUUAAGCUCUCUUCUCGAUUUCCUUCUUGUUCAGAGAGAAUCAAGGAUAUAAUUGUCCAGAAUAAACGAAGCCUUGUGCUUGAGUUGCAGCAACGAUCUAUUGAAUUUAGUUGUAUUCUUCAGAAGCAUCAUAACAUUAGAUCGGCCCUGGUUGAAAGGAUGCCAAUUUUGGAUGAGGCAACUUUCACUGGAAGGAAGGCUGGCUCCUUGCCAACAGCUGUUUCAGCUUCCUCCAUAAUACCAUGUAAUCUUCCAAAUGGAAUUGCUAAACCAGCUGCAGCUCCUAUUGGAGACUUACUUGACCUAAGUUCAGAUGAUGCCCCCCCUGCACCUGUCUCUUCUGGUGGCGAUUUUCUUCAGGAUCUCCUUGGUGUUGAUUUAUCCCCAGCUUCUGCACCAUCAGGCACAAGUCAGUCUCCAAAAACUGGUACAGAUGUUCUGCUGGAUCUUUUGUCAAUUGGAACAUUGCCUCCCGUGCAAAGCAGCUCAUCAGCAAUUGACAUAUUAUCCUCCAGUCAUGACAACAAAGCACCAGUUGCCAAUUUAAAUGGCCUUGCAUCACAUUCCUCACUUUCUGCAAAUGCCACUUCUCCUGCAAGUUCUGCUGGAAUGAUGGAUUUGUUGAACGGGACGGGUGCUAUUACUCAAAAGCAUGAGGAAAAUGGUCCAGCUUAUCCAUCCUUAGUUGCAUAUGAGAGCAGCACCUUGAGGAUGACGUUCAACUUCUCAAAGCAACCAGGAAACCCACAAACAACGUUCAUCCAGGCUACUUUUACAAAUUUGUCACCUAAUGUUUAUAAUGGUUUUCUUUUCCAGGCGGCAGUUCCAAAGUUUCUUCAGCUGCAUUUGGAUCCUGCUAGCAGCAAUACUUUGCCUGCAAGCGGUAAUGGGUCCAUCACACAAUGUUUGAAAGUCACUAAUACCCAACAUGGGAAGUUGACACUGACUUGGGAUGGGAUUUAUGUCGGGUUCCUGGGACUCGGCCUCCUGUGACUGAAAGGAGAGCAGUUAAAAAAUGAGAUCAGAAAGGAGAUGAAGCUGUAGGACAAAGACAAAAGGCAGCAGCAAGAAACAGUUGAGGAAGGUCUAAUUCUGAAUUUCAUCCCUCUAAAAAAAUUCAGAAGUUAGUCCCUCUAGUGUACUUUGUCAUAAUUUAGUCCCAUACUUUACGAAAACUGAGAAGUUAGUCAACUAGGUAAUGUUGUUAAACCUUGUCAUUAAAUUGUUUGACUUGGAAACUUAUAGUUAAGCAAUUUUAUGCAAGGAAUUAGCAAAAUUAAACAGUUCAAAAAUUUAUAUGUAACAAAUUAACAAAUAUUAGCAGUUCAACUUGAUGUAUUUACCAACAAAUGGACUACUUGCUCAGCUUUUGUAAAGUACAAGGAUCAAAAUUUGGCUAACUCUUCUCAGUUCAUAAAGUAGGGGGAUAAAAUCAUAACUCGACCAAUGAGGAAUUAAGCCAAAACACUUGAAAUUAGGCCUGGGCUUGAAUAGUAUGGCCCAAAAGAGUUUUAAUUGUUUAGUCCAAAACAAUCCAUUCCAAAACAUUUUUAAUUUUGAUAAUAAUUAAAAAUAUUAAAAAUAUUUUUCUCUGAUGCUAUUUUAUUUUUCAUCAUAGAAAUUUUUUUUUUUUCUUCUAACUUUUUAUCAUAGGGUUUCUUCUUGGACUUACCAUGUUUUUUUGCGCUACUCUUUAUCAAUGUUUUGGACAUCUUUUAUACUAUUUAAUUUUUAGAAGUAUUUGACUUUAGAUGAUGCUUGCAUGUAGUUCCAUUAUAGGCAAGAGUUGAAGUGCAUGUCCAUUUUACUCUUAUGGAGUAGACAAAGGAUGAUUUAUUUCCCUAGAUUUAAGGUUUUUAGUUUUGUGCCUAAGAAGACGAAUUCAAGAGAAGCUAGGAAAAGAGGUGUUGAUAAAAUCUGAAAACUAGCCUGAAGGUAGCAAAGCAAUAUUGUUGUCCCUGAAUUCGACUAUCCAGUUUCUUGUUAUUUUGGGGUAUAGCAUAAGAGGGUUUAGUAGUGGCACUUCUUCAAAAAGAGAAGGAAAGAGCUUGGAAUGACAUGGUUGCUAAUAAAGCUAUUGAUUUCCUUGUGGGUUGCACCAGUAUUGUUUAAGCUUGGUAGGAAAGAUAGGAAGUUUGAAGAUGGAAAAGAGAGUAAAGUAAGCUGUGGUAGUCAUGAAACCUUAAAAAAAGACAUAUUCAUGUUUGGUAUGGAGCACCAUUUUUGAAAGGGUAUAUUAGUAGAGAUUUAGUUACUAUAUAUUAUCUACUUCACAUUCAGAAAUCGUUGGUGAUGCGCAUAAGGAUAGCUUACAAGACGAACGAUAAAGAUGUAUUGGAAGAAGGGCAAAUCAACAAUUUCCCUCGCGAUUUGUGAGGUUGAUCCAUAGCGAUGGUUGAAGAUAUUCAUCUACCACCUUUUAAAACAAAGAUCCUUUGAGAAAUUUGUGAGUUCUCACAAUGUGUAGAGAUAGUGCAAUCUUUACUUGUACUGGAGGGGCAAGAGAUUUUUGGUGGUUGUGUUGUGUCAAUGUCAAAAGGGGUGGAUCACAUUAAUUUUUCACAAUAGAAAAAAAUUUCAUUUAUUAUUAUUAUUUAAAUGUAUAUUUUUAAUAUAAACCUUUUUUUUGUAAAUCUAUCUUUAUGGAAUUGAAUUUUGGGAUGGGGAGUCACACAGAAACUCUGUUGCUUUAGAUUUCGUCUUUCAAACAUAGUUAGAUUUAUGAGAGGAAUCUGAGCUUAGUUCAGUGAAAAAAAAUUAUACGAGGAUUUGGACUCGUCUUCUUUUUUUUUUUUUUUUAAUUACUAUUUUUUGUAAAAGAUUAAAUAAAUCGUCAAAUAUGAAUACUAUUUUCAGUUGUAAUUAUAUUUUAUUUUCCUUUUCA